UGGAAAUUCACGCGCGAGAGAAUCAAACGGAAUUAUUCAUGUUCCGUAGCGGAUAACCGUCGGACUACGGGUGCCUUUGAGAAAAACGAUUUAUCGGUACAAACUUAGCAGAUGUAAACUCUAGAACGUCUGGUUACUCUAGCAUGCUGGAAUUAGCUUUUUUAAUUUUCACCGUAUCUUUUAUAGCUAUAGUAUUGUUCAUAAGGAAAACUGAGACGAAAGAUAAAGAAUGCCGUCCUAAGAAGUCGAACACGAAACGAGCCAUGGACGAGAAGAAUAAAAAGAACAACCAUCGCAUCGUUCCGCAUACGGAACGCAAUGCAUCCGGGCGCAAUUGGGAAAUAUUUAAAAACACAGUUUUCAAUUCAGUGUCGCUGGAAUCGGAUGUUUGCAGCAAGGAAAAUGCUAAGAAGAAAACAGUUCCUUAUCACCAGAAAUCAAAAAACGAACACAAGUUUAUACUGAGCUCGAAUUCUAUGCCGCAGUUGAACGAGAAAGAAGUUCCCAGUGAAAAUAAAACGUUGACGAAACAAGUAGCAAUGGACUGCGAAAUGGUUGGUAUAGGCGACGGUACGGAGAGUAUGAUAGCCAGAGUGUCCAUUGUGAAUCGACACGGCUCUUGUAUUUACGAUAAAUACGUCAAACCGAGAGAGCCCGUACAGGACUAUAGGACUAAAGUUAGUGGUAUCCGCCCGCAUAAUCUCCAAACCGGAGAACAAUUUGAAGUUGUUCAGAAAGAAGUGGCAGAGAUUUUAAGGGGCCGCAUUCUGGUCGGUCAUGCUUUGAAGCACGAUCUCGAUGUGUUGUAUCUCUCUCACCCGAGGAAACAUUUACGCGACACUUCUAGGUUUAAAACUUUCCGACAGUUGUCCAGGGGAAACACACCGAGCUUGAAGAAGCUUGCGUACGAAUUGUUGGGUAGAGAGAUACAAACAGGAGAACAUAGCUCCGUGGAAGAUGCAAAAGCAGCGAUGCAGUUGUAUGUAUUAUACAGAAACAAGUGGGAGUCUGAGUCCUAUUCUAAACAAAGAAUAAAAUAAGAAUAUUGUUCUGUUGUGGUUCAUUUUACCGAAAAACUUCUCUAGAGUUUGUACAUACGCCAAAAGUAAUUUACCCAUUUCAUACUUAUUGUCAAGAUAACACAUUUAUAACUAUAA